GAUGCAUUUCUGUUUCUCGCCUGUAGUCAGACCAAACCAACCAAAACAGCUAAGCUAACUGUAGCUACUCCUGUUGUCAUUUAACCUCUUCAUCCUUUCCAUUAAUACGCAAUAAAACCAGAUAGCCGUAGAAUACUUUAUUUGCGUGAGGCAAUUAUGGCGAUUUGCCAAGUCUGCAACUUAUUAUAUUAUUUAUUUUGGUCUGUUUUUGAGGCACAGCUGGAAAACUAACGCUAGCUAGCUAACUUUUCAACACACUGUACGAGUCCCAUCGUCUCCACCAUCACAAUUUAACUACAGGAUUUAUUAAUUCUCUAGAGGACCAGCCCGUGAUAAAGUCAUUGCGAAGUCCGUUUUCGUUCGAUUCCUGGUGUCCCUUCUAACUUCAGACCUCCAAGAUGUCUAUACUGGGCUUAAAAAAGAAACAACCAAAGACCUUUAAAGUCAAAGUCAUCACCAUGGAUGCUGAAAUGGAAUUCAGCUGCGAGGUCAAGUGGAAGGGGAAGGACCUGUUUGAUUUGGUGUGCAGGACGGUUGGUCUGAGGGAGACCUGGUUCUUUGGCCUCCGCUACACCGUGAAGGACACGUACGCCUGGCUGAAGCCUGAGAAGAGGGUCCUUGAUCAGGAAGUUCCCAAGGACUCACCGAUUACCUUUAGUUUCUUGGCUAAGUUCUUCCCAGAAAAAGUAGAAGAAGAAUUGGUCCAGGAGAUUACGCAGCACCUCUUCUUCCUUCAGGUGAAGAAACAGAUUUUGGAUGAAGAGAUCUUCUGCUCUCCCGAAGCCUCGGUUCUGCUGGCGUCCUACGCUGUCCAAGCCAAGUAUGGGGAUUAUGACCCAAACUUCCACAAGCCUGGGUUCUUAGCCCAAGAUGAGCUGUUGCCUCAAAGGGUUCUGAUGCAGUACCAAAUGACAGCAGAGAUGUGGGAGGAGAAGAUCACUGCAUGGUAUGCAGAGCACAGAGGUAUCGCCAGAGAUGAAGCUGAGAUGGACUACCUCAAGAUUGCCCAGGACCUUGAGAUGUACGGCAUCAGCUACUUUUCCAUAACUCAAAACAAGAGAGACACUGACCUGCUGCUGGGUGUGGAUGCCCAGGGUCUCCACAUCUACAGCCCCAACAGCAAGCUCAACCCCAACAAGUCCUUCCCCUGGAGCGACAUCCGCAACAUAUCCUACAGCGAGAAGGAGUUCACUAUUAAACCCCUGGACAAGAAGAAAGACGUGUUCAAGUUUUACUCUUCCCAGCUGCGUGUCAACAAACUGAUCCUGCAGCUGUGCAUCGGCAACCAUGACCUGUUCAUGAGGAGGAGGAAGGUGGACUCCAUCGAAGUGCAGCAGAUGAAGGCUCAGGCCAAAGAAGAGAAGGCCCGCAAGAAGGUGGAGCGGCAAAUCCUGGCCCGGGAGAAGCAGAUGAGGGAGGAGGCGGAGCGGGCCAAAGAGGAGAUGGAGAGGAGACUCUUUCAGCUCCAAGACGAAGCACGAUUGGCCAAUGAGGCACUGCUGCGGUCGGAGGAGACAGCCGACCUGCUGGCGGAGAAGGCCCAGAUAGCGGAGGAGGAGGCCAAGCUGCUGGCCCACAAGGCCGCCGACUCGGAGCAGGAGAGGCAGCGGCUGGAGGUGACGGCCAUGAAGACCAAGGAGGAGAAGAGGAUGAUGGAGCAGAAGAUGAGGGAGGCGGAGCAGCUGGCCGUCAAGCUGGUGGAGCAGUCGGAGCGGAGGUUGAAGGAAGCGGAUCACCUGAAGCAGGACCUGACUGAGGCCAAAGACGCGGAGCGCCGAGCCAAACAGAAGCUCCUGGAGAUCACCAAGACCACAUACCCGCUCAUAGCGGCCUACUCCACGCCGCCUCCUCCCCCGCCACCCCCUCCCCCCGAGGCUGCGGAGGCCGGCUGCGACGCGGCAUCCAUGCGUCUGGACUUCAAGGACUCGGACAUGAAGCGGCUGUCCAUGGAGAUCGAGAGGGAGAGGCUGGAGUACAUGGAGAAGAGUAAGCACCUGCAGGACCAGCUGAAGGAGCUGAAGACGGAGAUCGAGUCUCUGAAGCUGGAGGAGCAGCAGCAGCAGCAGGCCAGCCUCUACAGCCUGCGGGGGGAUGUCCGCCAGUACGCCCAGCCCCACUACGCUCAGCCCCACAGCAACCGGAACUCUGCCUACAUGUCUCAGAUGGCGUUCUUUGAAGAGGUGUGAUCCGCAGCCCGCCGUCUCCUCCACUGCUCUGUUUACUAUCCACACUUAUCUUUCAUUUCAUGUUUUUGCUACUUUGUGAUAUUACCUUCGAUCAUAAGACACUUUCACACAGAAGACAUGAGUGACCUGCUCCCCAUGAAGAGACUCUCCCCGCCCCCCCCCCCGGACCUGCGCCGCUCCCCCUGGGCAGCCGCCUGAAGCCCAUGGCCCAUUUCGUACACUAAAGGUCUUUGUAAUGCCAGGACUACCAACGCAUGACUUCUCGGUGCGCCCCGUCCGACAGCCCAAACCCACAGUGGUGUGCGUGGAUGGAUUGGGGUUUGUUUGAAUUUGAUUUGUUUUUCUGUGUGUUUUUUUUUUUACUUUUUUAAUAAGGGAUGUUAUUUGGCGAGUUUUUUUUUUUAUUUUUUUAAAUGUCACCAGAUUUUCAUUAAAGCCCUAGCAGUCCCUGGCUUUUUUUUAAAGACCCAAACCAGCUCAGGCCAGCUCACUGAAGUCAGCAUAAACCUGUAAGACUCAAAAUGAAAUGGGUUAUCAGUCAUCAAAGCUGAACCACGAAAACAUGUCCAUCCUGGAGAUCAGGAGGCCGGUGCCAUGGCAUUCCCAAUGUCCAUCCUGGAGAUCAGGAGACUAGUGCCUGGGCUUUCCCAAUGUCCAUCCUGGAGAUCAGGAGACUAGUGCCUGGGCAUUCCCAAUGUCCAUCCUGGAGAUCAGGAGACUAGUGCCUGGGCAUUCCCAAUGUCCCUCCUAGAGACUAGUGGCUGGGCAUUCCCAAUGUCCCCUCCUAGAGACUAGUGGCUGGGCAUUCCCAAUGUCCCUCCUGGAGAUCAGGAGACUAGUGCCUGGGCAUUCCCAAUGUCCCUCCUAGAGACUAGUGGCUGGGCAUUCCCAGUGUCCCCUCCUAGAGACUAGUGCCUGGGCAUUCCCAAUGUCCCUCCUGGAGAUCAGUGCCUGGGCAUUCCCAAUGUCCCUCCUGGAGAUCAGUGCUUGGGCAUUCCUUAUGUCCCUCCUGGAGAUCAGUGGCUGGGCAUUCCCAAUGUCCCUCCUGGAGAUCAGUGCCUGGGCAUUCCCAAUGUCCCUCCUGGAGAUCAGUGCCUGGGCAUUCCCAAUGUCCCUCCUGGAGAUCAGUGCCUGGGCAUUCCCAAUGUCCCUCCUGGAGAUCAGUGCUUGGGCAUUCCUUAUGUGCUGUUUGCAGAGGACUGAGACCGGGUGCUGCCCGCUGCGUUGGGCUGAAGACCUCCUUCUGGGACUAAAUGACUUUCACCUUCCUAGUCGGAAAGUUAUCUGUCCCCAUGCUGCGAGAACACAGCUGGGACACGUCAGAAAGGGAUCACAUGGUCGGUGACAUCAGAGACUGCCCCAAUCAGUAUUGGAACAUGUCCGGCCUCUUUUUGGACUUGCACCUGUUUGUAGAAAGUACACCAUGUGCCCACACCAUUUCUAGUGCCUUAUCGUGCUUUUCACGAGUUUGAUAAUUACAAGCUCUUUGCCAUUUCAAACUUUUAGCUGUGUAACUGUAGACUGUCGAUGUGAGUUUUCUGUUUCUAGUUUUUACCCACGCAUUUGUGUUACUGUGUUCCUAUUUAAAAUACUAUACCUAUGCGCUUUGGUGGUAAUAUUGGAUUUGAGGUGUUGAAGAUUGACGGCCCUGAUUAAGUUUCACUACAGAUUAAUGUUUUAAUUUGCCCCUGUGUGUGUGUGUGUGUGUGUGUGUGUGUGUGUGUGUGUGUGUGUGUGUGUGUGUGUGUGUGUGUGUUCCUCUCAGGUUUAGUAAGAUAACAGCGUUUUUAGGAUCCCUGACUUGUUCUGCCCACUGUUAACGUCUCUGUUCACCUGAGGCAGAAAAACUUUGAGUACACCCCAAGUUCUUUAUUUAAGUUAUUGCAGUUGACAUCAUCCCAUGUUGUUUUAUGAGUCCUUCAUGUGUUCCGUAUUCCGUCCUGUCUGUUGGGUAUUGGAUCUAUGGGAAUAUGAACUAAGCAAUGUCAUGGUUUUGCUUAGUCUGUCUACGGCUUGUAUCGAUAUCAUUUUCGUUUGUUUCCCCCAUCAUUCUGUAAAGUAUUUCAUAUUUGUAUGUUGCAGAACAUAUUCUUAAAGAAAUUGAAGUGUAUAUUUCAUUGCACAACAUUUUCAAACCGUCAGUUUGAAAUGGAAAACGCGUUCUUCCGCGGUUGUAUUUCUUGUGAUUGCCUCAUAACCUUUAGUAUUGGUAUUUCUAAAAUGCAGCUUUCUUGAAAA